AUGGGGAGUUCCUUCCCGACUAGAGAAUUGAGUCCCACCAACCAUGGUAUGGCAGGUCCACAUCAAAACUUGUCAUACAAUUUCCGUUUGGGCAUUUCAAGCGAUGUCGAGGAGAUUCAAGCUUUUUGCAGAGGUGGGCCUCGCAGUCAUAGCUGUACGGAUGUCUUGUCUCUCACAAAUGACGAGUUAAAUCCAGAUAUUCUAUUGGAUCAGGGUAUUGAGGGGUUUGAUUAUGAUCCUGUUCAGAACAAAAUAUUUACUGAUGAAGGUGCAAGAAGAGCGUCAUACGGUAAUCGUUUUCGGACGGCUAUAUUGCGGCACCUAGUUCUAUUCGCUAUAGGCGUAGUUACUGGUCUUUCUGCCUGUGUGAUAGACUAUGGCAUUGAAAUUAUUUCUCAGUACAAGUACCGGUCGGUAUCUUGGCUUAUCAGAUAUUAUUCUUACUCCUUAUGGAUUUCUGUUCCAGGAUUUUUGUGGUGUGCUAUCAAUUGCAUACUUACUGGGGCUGCAGCAACACUGGUUGUUUUUUUAGCUGUAGGUUAA